UGUUGGACUCCAAGUGAAAGUGAAGCUCCUCUAGACUCUCGCCACGCCUCCGUUGCGCCUCCUUUUGAUAUUUAAUCCCGGCGUCUGCCCACGCUUCUUUGCUGUUCACUGCAUUGCAUUACUCCCGCUCGAUCGAUCCACCGCCUCACAAAGACACUCGAAUAUUGUAUUUUUUCCUCCGCUCUCCUUCGCCAUAUCUGUUUGAUGUUCUUCCUUUCGCUCACUCUUUCUUUCGCUUCUGCGUAUUUACCCCACUCCCUUAACUUCCUCCCUCCCCCUCCCCCAGUCACCAUAUUCAGCCCAAGCCGGCGAAUGAGUACUGUAGUAACACUGAUUAGCGUGGUUUUUGCGAGCAUUGCAGUUUGCUUUUCCCCUUGCACUCCCUUGAUUCCGCCCUCACUUUGCCCUUGCCGUUUGUACAGUAUGAUUCCCCUUACGUUGCUCUUUUUUUUUUUUUCCAGGCUCACUCGCGCCGCACACGCUUCCCCUCCAUUUCCACUCUUGUUAAUUUAUUCUAACCCAAAAAAAUAUUCAUCAUCAGCUUUACUUUUUUCUUUUUUUUUCUUUUUUUUUUUUUUUACUGGGAUUUGCGACGUCUCUAUUGCUUCUCAGACGAAGCCAAUAUAGCCCUUCGAACCGGGGAGACACCCCAAUUACCAG